AUGGCUGGUACCAGAAACUACGACUUCUUGAUCAAGCUGUUGUUGAUUGGUGAUUCCGGGGUUGGGAAAUCGUGCUGCCUUUUGCGCUUCAGCGAAGACUCAUUUACGCCGUCUUUCAUUACUACCAUUGGCAUCGACUUCAAAAUUCGCACCAUUGAACUUGACGGGAAGCGGGUGAAGCUCCAGAUAUGGGAUACCGCCGGACAGGAACGUUUUAGAACGAUCACGACAGCUUAUUACAGGGGAGCGAUGGGCAUCCUCCUUGUCUAUGAUGUGACAGAUGAGCGCUCAUUCCAGAACAUUCGAACCUGGUUCUCGAACGUUGAGCAACAUGCGAGUGAGGGUGUGCACAAGAUUCUCAUUGGAAAUAAAUGUGACUGGGAAGAGAAGAGGGCGGUUACAACCGAGCAAGGCCAGCAGCUUGCGGAUGAACUUGGGAUACCAUUCCUCGAAGUCUCGGCAAAAAAUAAUAUCAACAUCGAGAAAGCCUUCUACAACCUUGCUUCCGACAUCAAGAAGGGAAUGGAUUCCUCAAAAUCCGAACAGACUGGCUCACAAGGGGUCAGCAUAGACAACCAAGGUUCGGGGAUGGGCGGCAAUACUGGAGGAAAGUGCUGUUGA